AUGUUGAAGAAAUAUGGAGUACAACACAGGCUUGGCAUUGGCUAUCACCCACAAACCAGUGGUCAAGUUGAAGUGUCCAACCGAGAAAUUAAGUCUAUCUUAGAGAAAACGGUUGCAAGGACAAGAAAAGAUUGGUCAGCUAAGAUUGAUGAUGCGCUAUGGGCAUACCGAACGGCUUUUAAAAUGCCAAUUGGUACGACCCCAUAUAGACUUGUCUAUGGGAAGGCAUGCCACCUACCUGUUGAGCUAGAACACCGAGCAUUUUGGGCCAUUAAGAGCCUAAAUUUUGAUGCUAAAGCAUCGGGAGAGAAGAGGUUGCUACAAUUAAAUGAACUAGAUGAGCUCCGCCUCAAAGCUUCUGAAAGUUCAAAAUUAUACAAGGAGAGAACUAAAAAGUGGCAUGACAAGGGCCUUGUGAUAAGGGAAUUCAAGGAAGGAGAUUAA